AUGGCCUCGAAAGGAACCAACCCCGUCGGUACCGAGCGUCACUGCCUCGUCACAGUCGGCGCCACAGCCCGUUUCACCCAGCUACUGACUGAGGUCCUGGGCCCCGCGUUCCUCGACUUCCUCGCCGAGAACCGCUACACCCACCUCACUCUGCAGUGCGGUAAGGACUAUGAGAACUUCUCACGUCACGUUCUGCCGCCCCUCCUGGACCGGUACCCGGACCUGGAGAUCACCGCCUUCGACUUCGUCGACGACCUGACCGUCGAGAUGGUAAAAUGCCGGGCCCAGCCGGGCGUUCGCGAGGCCGGUGUGGUCAUCUGCCAUGCAGGCACAGGUACCAUUCUCGACGGGAUGCGCGUCAGCGUUCCCCUCGUGGUUGUCCCGAACCCGACCCUCAAGGACAACCACCAGGUCGAGCUGGCUGAGGAGAUCCAGCGCCAGGGUUACGGGAUCUGGGGCCGCCUCGGAGACAUCUCAUGGGCCAUCGAGCAGCUGGCCCUGCAGCUUGAUAAGACCGAGCGGCAGUUCCGGCCUCACUCUGUGGACGGCGAAGUGGCCGCCAUCAAUGUGGACUUGUGGCAGGUCAGCAGCGCCAUGAUGGGCCGGUACUCUGGGGCGCCUGCUCCUCCUGCGAAGAUGGCCAAGGUUAAUGGCAGUGAAAGUGCUGUCACUGGCCUUGGUGAGGUGCAGCGGGAGGAGGUCGCGCAGAUGACGAUGGACUAG